AUGUAUAUUGGUUCGUGGGAAAGAGAUGUCACAAAUAAGCAAAUAUCGACAGGCUAUGGGAAAAUCACCACAGGAACAUCCUCGAAUCUAUGGGUUCCGAUCCAUCAAGACGAUUUCAAAAAUCCAUCAUCCCCCGAGGGAACAGGAGCAGCAAACAUGGUUGCUUUGUCAGAUAAAAUCGGAACAAAUUCCCACCGCGAAGUUUUCUUCCCACCUGGCGCGUGA